CUUGGCACAUACUCACACAGCUAUUUGCCUGCUGCCUGCUGUUGCGCCGGAAGACAUGUCGCUGGAACCCUCACUCUUCUUUGCAUGUUGUUGCCAAGCGUUCAGCAAACGCACGUCAUUUACAUAGGUCUUCUCACAUGUGCCUGUAUGCACGCAAGCGCUGUUACACCGCCUGCGACUUGAUGUGCGCUUCCUCAGACGAAUCCCGUCGUACAAGUUGGACCUGGAGACGACCUCGGGAUCUAAUCGCCUGAUGGGCAACCGAUCGCAAUGCUUAUAGCUCAACGAGUGCCCUCGCGGCACUCCAGCUGCUCCUCAGCACCAGAUCUAUCUGAAAGAGAAAGGCUGGCUGAGCGCAUCUGCGAUAUGAUCGACCGGACCGUCGAGAUAAUUCCUGGAUUAGACAGACAGGAUGGGCGGGCUUUUCUCACCAAAUACGACUUGCAUCGCAUACUCGAUUUCGCAUCCUUGAGACAACUGUUCAAAGAGUUCUUCAAGCAGAACCCUAAUUUCUUGAGCCCCAUACUUAUUGUGCCACAAGCACCUUCAACGAACGAGCAAGCUACAGAGCCCACUCUUCAGUCCCCGAACAACGAAGACACUAUUAUCGAUGCUUAUGUCAAAGCCACUACCAAUCCUUCGAGAAAAGCUUUACUCGCGCUAUUGUUAUACCAGAAACACAAAGCAUUGCUCACCGUUUUCAUGCGCUGGCCCCUACCUCCCAACCCCAACACGCCGACCGAUGAGUCUUUGCCUUUAUCGAUUUCAGGCUGGGAAGCGCUUGGCAUAAAGAGAACUUAUUGCAGAGAGAUUGUUCAAGCGCAGCCCAUGUUCAGGGUCGCCUGUAUACGGGAGAAUCAACAUCUAGACGUGAACAUCAACGAGCGUUUACCCUUCAUCGAGACAUUGGCUGAUGCAAAGCGUGGUUCUUCGGGUACUGUUCAGACGACGAAGAUCGCAAGAGGCCACUGGGAGAUUGUUAUCAAUGAUGGAACUAGUUUCGGAAAUCUGGAUGCACCUAAGACAAUAGCCGUAAAAACUUUCAAGGAGAACGCAACCCGGAAUAUGGAUGAAACCACAAAAGACUUCAACACUGAGCAUGGUAUCUUAAAGGAACUUAAGAGAGAUAACGUGAGGCACAAGAUGAUCAUGCUCGACUCUGGAAGCUUCACCAUCUUCACCGAAAGCGGAACCCCACUCAGUCAUGCCCUGAUCUUUGAACCGGCAUCAUUCAACCUUGCAGAUUUCCUUAUGAAUCAGCACCGAGCCGACGUAUACAGCACGAAGAGCAUUCUGCUUGCAAGCCUCACUGACGUUGUUGACGCUGUGGCUUGCUUGCAUGAUAACCUGGAUGUCUUGCAUCUUGACAUCAAGCCAGAUAAUAUCUUGGUCUUUGAGAGAGGAGCCAGUCAUCCGGAUAAUCAGGCUUACGACCAACUUGUAUUCAAGAUCAGUGACUUCGGUCUAGCGCGCAAGAUCGGCACAAGGCCAAGAAAGGGGCACAACGACAUUGAACCGAGCUUGAACCCUUCUCGGUCGUCGGCGACGUCAGGCACAAGACCAGCAGGUGUUUAUCAAGGCCCUGAGAUCCAAGAAACGAAUUCCAGCCGUGCGGGUCGAGGCAGCGACGUUUGGUCUCUCGGAUGCGUUACGCUUAUGAUGCUGGCUUUCAUGCUUUAUGGAUCGUCAGGAGUCCACAAGCUCAAAAGUCGGCUGGAGGUCGAAUUUCUUGGUAACGACGGUGACCAAAGUCUUUUUUACAUCAGGAGCGACUCGUAUCCAUGGGAGAAAGGCGAUGUAGAGCAAACGCCAUACCGAUAUUUGCAGGACUUCAAGCCAGUCACCGGACCAGUGCCCAACAACAAACUAGACGCUGCCGUUAAUCCUCGAGUCAUUGAAUGGUCGAAUGUACUCGGAUACGAGCGCGCGGUUUAUGCGCUACACUACGGCAAAUUCAGCAUCAAUGGACGAAAUAUGAGAAUACUGCAGAUGCACUGCCUGAUCGGGAAUACGAUGAGCAGCGCCGUGUCGCCCCGAUAA